CCUCCAUCCGCCGUCGAGUAGACUGCUAGUCCUUGGCCGCGCACCCUGCACUGCACCGCAUCUCACCUCUACACCCUCGCCCGCCAUGUCCGCGCCCACCGUGCACCACCUCUCCCUCGGCCCGCUCACCGCGCACGCCUUCAAUGCCGACCGCACGCGCGUCGCCGUGUGCCCCAACUCGCACGAGGUGCUCAUCUACGCCCUCGCCGGCGGCGCAUGGACGCUCGCCGCCACGCUCGCCGAGCACGACAAGCUCGUGACGAGCGUCGACUGGGCGCCGCACACCGACCGCCUCGUGACGUGCAGCCAGGACCGCAACGCGUACGUGUGGACGCGCGACGCCGACGCCGUGCCGCGCGCCGGCGCCUCCGAGGUGUGGAAGCCGACGCUCGUGCUGCUGCGCCUCAACCGCGCCGCCACGUGUGUGCGCUGGAGCCCCAACGAGGACAAGUUCGCCGUCGCCUCGGGUGCCCGCAUCAUCUCCGUGUGCUCCUUCGAGGCCGAGAACGACUGGUGGGUCGCCAAGCACAUCCGACGCCCGCUGCGCAGCACGAUCCUCUCGCUCGACUGGCACGCCAACAACGUGCUGCUGGCGGCCGGCUGCGCCGACAUGACGGCGCGCGUCUUCAGUGCCUUCAUCAAGGGCAUCGACGCCAAGCCGGCGCCGAGCGUGUGGGGCGAGCGCCUGCCGUUCGGCACUGUGUGCGGCGAGUGGAAGACGCCUGCUGGCGGCUGGGUGCACGGCGUGAGCUUCUCGCCCGAUGGCGACGCGCUGGCGUUCGUCGGCCACGACUCGUCCCUGACGAUCGCCUACCCCUCGGGCCCCGACGCGCCGCCGCACGCCGUGCACGUACUGCGCUCGCCGACGCUGCCGUAUGUGUCGGUGCAGUUCGCCUCGAACGGCUCGCUUGUCGCCGCCGGGCACGACUGCCAGCCGAUGCUCUUCACGGGCAGCGCCGAGGGCGGCUGGAAGCUGGACCGCUCGCUCGACGCUGCGGCGCUCGCGGGCGGCGCUGGCGGAGCUGCUGCGCCGCCCGUGCCCACACGCGCCCCUGGCGGCCCUGGUCGCCUGAACAACGAGGCGUUCAACCGCUUCAAGUCGGCCGACGCGCGCGGCGUGCCUGCUGCCUCGUCGUUUGCGCCCUCGGCCAGCGCCGGCAGCGGCGCCAGCGGCAGCGUCGCCGGCGGCCUGGGUGCCGUGGCGGGCGCGAGCGUGGGCGCCGACGGCGAGCUGCACACGACGCACCAGAACACCAUCACCUCCAUCCGGCCGUACAAGGGCGACGCGCAGCAGCUCUCGCACGUCAGCACCAGCGGCGUCGACGGCCGCCUCUGCAUCUUUGCCGUACCCGCGGCCGGCAGCGCGGCUGCGCUGGCCAGCGGCAUCGCGUCGAUGCGCGUGGCCUGAUCUUGUCUGGUACGACC